UUUGAUAUAACUAGCAGGCGUUGCAAUUUCGGAAUCUGUCCUUGUAUGAUGGCGGACGAAAAUUUCCACUGGAGAAACCGCAACGCAUAGCCUACCCUGAAUACGGAAAAAAAAAUGAAAAAAUAAAACUAAUAAACCGAGCCCGGACGGACUGUAGCCUACACCUUCGUCAAAACAAUCGGGCUCAUUCCGGAAGAUGUCAAGGUUGCAAGCUCGGAAAUAUAGCUGUUUUAAUUUUGAUCAUUUGAGAAUGAAUACCGGUAACUCAUUUGAUUUCAAAGCGUUAUUUGUACAGUCACCUCUUGUGGAUGAGGAGGAUUUUGGAGCUCGAGCAAGCCUACUCGCAUGAGCUGCAUCAUUUUGGGAGCCCUAGGAACGCUGGCCCUGAGUAGUAGGAGUCAUGAGUGCUCAGGAGGUGCCUACCAAUCCUGCGCAGGAGCAGGUUGACACGGGGGAUGGAGUCCCAGAUGGCCCCACCGCUACCCCGACGACCGCCACCCUCGCUGUCCCGGUCACAAUAAAGAAGGAGCCUGGCACACAGGGGGCCAGUAAUGGGAAAGAUGUGCCUGCCGAGAUCUGCGUGGUCCUCGGUGGAGGAGGAAAGUCUCGCAAUGACCAGACCCAGGGCUCCUAUGUUUGUGGGAUAUGUGGGAAGAAAUAUAAGUACUACAACUGCUUUCAGACGCACGUCCGUGCCCACAGAGAGUCCGAUAGUAUGCCAGGGGAGGGUGCACCACCAGCUCCCAACAAUAGCUUCCGCUACUCCUGUGACAUCUGCGGGAAGAAAUACAAGUACUACAGCUGCUUCCAGGAGCAUCGUGACCUGCAUGCUGUUGACGACCCAUAUGAGCAGGUGGUUCUAGGACCUUUGGAAGACCUCAAGGAGGAGCCGCCAGUGGAACCAUUCCAGAAAAUGGGACCAAAAACUGGGAGCUACGUGUGUGAGUUUUGUGGGAAGCAGUACAAGUACUUCAACCCAUACCAGGAACAUGUGGCUCUUCACCAACCAACGAAUUGGUCCUUCGAUAAUAUGAAGUCGCCUCGGUCACGUGGAAGUGUGGGUGGAAACAUGGACGUCAGCAAGUACAGUGCCACUAAAUUAGAAACCGACAGUCCCUUCAGUCGGAAAAUAGAGAGCAAAACCCAGUCCAGCUUGGUGGACACCAACAGUUCCCAGAACUCAAGCGGUACUCCAAGCCCCCUGGUGACCGGUUCGUUCCCUGCGUCACAGAAACCCUACACAUGUGGCGCCUGUGGCAUCCCGUUCCAGUUCUACAACAACCUGCUGGAACACAUGCAGUCCCACGCUGCGGAUAAUGAAAAGCAUACCAAAGGGGAGUCUCCAAAGACAUCACCGGGCCCAGCCUCACAGGACCAGUUAUGGAGGUCCCCCCAGCCCCAGCAUCAGGCCCAAGCUCAAAUAGUUCAAGUCCAGAUACAGGCUCAAUCCCAGGCUGCACAGAGAAAACACUCCAUCAACCAGCACAGUGGUGGGUUACCGGAGAAGGAAAGGCAACAGGUAGCCGAGCGUCUCCUGAGGGUGAUGUGUACAGACCUGGGCAUGCUCAACAUGCUCAACAGCAAGGACUUCCUGAAGCUAGCCCAGACCCUGGUGGACACGGGUGCCCGCCACGGUGCCUACUCCACCCGCGACGCCCUGGGCAACAUGAGCUCUCUGGCCCUACGCCAGCUUCCCCGCAUGUACAACCAGGUCAAGGUGAAGGUGACUUGCGCCCUAGGCUCCAACUCCUACCUGGGUAUUGCCGUCACCUGCCACUCCCAGACAGUGGGACCUGAUGCCUGCCUAGUGCUGACAGCCUACCAGGUGGAGGGGUCCAGGCUCAAGCGCUAUGUUUUAGGAGUCAAGGAGGCAGACCUGAGGGAGGCGCCAGAGCAGGUGCACCAGUGGACACAGAACGUGCUGUCGGAGUUCGUCAUGUCAGACAUCCGCACGGUGUAUGUGACUGAGCCGCGGGUGGGGGUGGGGGGCUUGCCGCUGGGUGGAGGCGGGCGGAGGAGGGUGUGCCUGCGGUGUGCCGGGUGCUCGUUGAGUGCUGUGGUUCAAGCGGUGCUGGGGAAGCACAGCUUGCAGGCAAGGGGGCUCCACGAGCUGGCUGAGCUGUUGGCUGCCUGCCACGACAUCGCCGCCUCCACCAGCCUCUUGUCCACCAGCGCCGCCACGGAUGAGGGCAUGUCUAACCCCUCCACUCCCCCUGGGCUCAGCCCCACUCCUCCCUGCUGGGACCGCAUGGCUGAGGCCCUCCUUCAGGUGCACUCCCACUUUGAGCAGAUCUUCGAGGCGUAUGGGAGGAGCAAGGCCACGGCUUCCACACUGCAGGGCCUCAACAAGCACCUUCUAGGGACACUGACCUGCCUGUUGGCCCCUCUGCGCCUGGCCGCCCUGGAACUCAGCAGCCAGAGGAGGCCAACCCUGCAACAGGUGCUACCUGUCUACCUGCGCUUGGAGAAACUGUUCACCUCCAAGGCUGGGGAAGUGGGGACCUCCAGCAAGCUCUGCCAUUACUUUCUGGAAGCUCUUAAGGAGAACUUCAAGGUGGAGAAAGCCCACCAGGUAGCCAUGGUGCUGGACCCCCAGCUGAAGCUGCGUCCUGUCCCAGCCUACCAGCAAGAGGAGAUCAUCGCCCACGCCUGCGAGAUGGCCACAGACGCCCGCGACGGUGGGGGGUCCGGAGGUGAGGAUGUGGAUGGACCCUCAACACUCAAACGGCUCCGCGUGGACGUCCCCAGGGGUGGGGUGAAUGCCAGAGGGGUAGUAGCCGUGUCGUCGGGUGAGGCGUCGUCAGAUGAAUGCCAGACCCAGGUGAGACAGGAGGUGUUCCAGUAUCUGGCUGAACCGCUCCUCCAGGGUACCAACCCAGACCUCUUCCACUACUGGAGCACCACUGUGGGCGACCGCUACCCCAAACUGGCACGCCUGGCACUGUGGCUGCUGGCCGUGCCCGCUGUGGGUGUCCGCAGCGAGUGUGUGAGCGUCUGUGAACAGAGCUUGGCCAUGAAGAGGAGGCAGCAGGUCACCGCCGAGGAGAUGAACAAACUAAUCUUCCUGCGCUCCAACAUGGCCUGAAUGUUACGGUCCGACCAAUAAGGCUGACCGAACCACGACCAUAGCUCGACUGUCCUAGACCGACCCACCAAUGACUACACAGACUUUCUACAGCGGGAUAGCGGAACCCAUAGUGCGAUCUUCUCAAGAUGCUGAUCAAACUGUGGUUAGUGCCAAAUGCAACAAAGAAAAAAUGUAUUAUCAGGGGUUGAAUUGCUUUUAAAAUUGAUAGGAUAAAUGACAAGGAUAGUAAGUAAGGGGUGUUGCGUCUGGUGCUAGCUAGUAACCGCUGUUAUUAGUAACCGCUGUUAUUCUUUGGCCCUUAAAGAUCUCGCUUUCACUGAAUCACUUCUGACCCUUAUGUGUCAAAGUCAAUUUCAUGCCUUUACUAUGUUAUCAAACUGCCGUCUUUUUACAAUUUCUUCAAUGGCUUGUAGUUGUCUGGCUUUAGUAGCCCUUUGAAGGACUAAAGGAGGAAGAUUGGCCUUCGGUGGUUGUGUAUGGCCUGGCAUCAGAUCCGUUCUGGACAAUGGUGCCAUUGGAGUGAUCUGUUACUGAGUGACUAUACUGAAUGACUUGAUGGUUGGGGUGGGUGUGAUUAGGAACUCGUCGGCCUGAUUGCUAUAUAUAUUUUAGUAAUAAUAAAUUCAAUAGAAAGAGGAAAAGAGAACUUAAAUGAAGUGGGCCUCCAACCCCACCCAGCCAACAUGUUUCCAUCCAUCCCACACCUGGAAACCAUGUUUCCCCACCCCCCCUAGAAACUAGAUUUGCUCGUCAGUCAGCACUCCCCCCUCCAGGUGACCAGAGGUGUCGAAAGCAUUCCACAGGGAUGCUGGCCCAUGUUGACUCUAAUGCUUUCCACAGUUGUGAAGUUGGCUGGAUGUCCUCUGGAUGGUGGACCAUUCUUGAGACACACACAGGAAAAUGUUGAGCGUGAAUACAACAGCGUUGCAGUUCUAGACACACUCAAACCGGUUUGCCUGGCACCUACUACCAUACCCCGUUCAAAGGCACUUCAAAAUGUUGUCUUGCACAUUCACCCUCUGAAUGGCACACAUAGACAAUCUAUCCAAUUUAUUAUAAUUUAUUAUUUUGUAUAUGUGUUGGGCUUUAUACAUUUUAUUUGUAUGUAUUAGGCUUUAGCUAAGAUUAUUCUUUAGAGUCAAGUAUAUUUGUUCAGGCCUCAAUUGUUCCUUGAUUAGCACCAUUCAUUCUCGCUGUGGAUAAUUCUGAUGUUAGAGCUUCUAACAGUAACUGUAUCCACUGGAGAAUUGGGAGAGAGUGAGGUGAUUGCCAUCUAAGACACAACAGCUUUUUUUUUGCGGCAAUGCUGCCUGCCAGCAGUUAAUCAUCUCUUAUUGAGAGGUUCAAGGAGCUAUCGUUGUUAAGUAACAUGUGCAGGGCACUCCCACAUAAUUUGAAAAAUUUGCCUAACUGAUUUAGGGGACACAGUGAACAGUUGGGAGUUGGGGCCAAUUUUAUCAUAAAACGCAUCCUUGGUGAUAAAUACAGUCUGUGAACAAACUUAAAAUGUAUAAAUGAAUGGUUUGUGUAGGUCAUAUUUUUCCAUGUUCUGUUCGUUAGUCAGAUUCAAUUAGAUCUGUCGAAAACAAUACGUUUUUUUAAUGGCUAGCUCAGAAUGAGCUUUCCAAGUUGUUUAUAUAUUAUAGAGAUCAGUCCUUUCCAGAGCCCAGAUCAUUUAUUUAUAAGUCCCAUCAUUGGACGGUUCGGUAGUUGGGUUUCCCAAGGGACUUCUUACGCCAGCAUAGCUGACCUAAGUUGUGUAAAAAAAUAUUUUAAAUGUACAAAAGAAGAAAGAGUUGCCUGGUAUGUGUAUAUCUCAAAUCUUGGAAUAUUCUCAAACCAUUUCUGUCCAUGAUACCAGUAAAGGUACGGAUUCCAAAUUUGGACCAUUGGGGAGGAUGCAAAAGGCUGCCCUACAGAUCGCAAGGCAUUCUUGUGAUAUAUUGGAGCAUGCCAUUUUGAUUCCUAGUUGCGUUGUUUAACAACUGGCGCAAAAUAGAAAUUGUGUGAGCUAUAAUGGGACCAAAGCAUACUUGACAUUGUUUAAGGGGUAUAUCUGUGAAGACCACCUCUUCCAUGGCAAUAGGAGACAAUAUUUCUCUCUAUUCAAAACGAUUUAGGAUGGGUUGAAAUGCUAGUGCCUGGAAAUACUAUUUAAAGUUUGGUAGGGAUAGUCCUACGUCUUUCCCUCGUGAUUUUGUUCAGUUUAGAGAGAUGUCUGGUCUAUCAAAAGCUUUUCCUGCAUGGAGAGAGAAUGCAGCCCAAGGAGCAUCUAAGAUAUGUCAUAGUCGAGGGAGGUUAUCCAAGAAGAAAUGUUUUUAAACAAACCCAUGUGGGCCAAUUUGGGUAAGUCUCGAGAUGGGACGACAGCAUCUUGGAAAAAACGUUUAAUAUUUAUGUUUAUCAAAGAUAGGAAGAACACUGGCAGGCAUCCUUAACUUUUUUUUUUAACUUAAAGUGAAAUUAGUGCUGUAUUCACAUCUCUCCCAAAUGAACCUUUGUGAACAGCUGUGUUAAUCAUUUCGAGCAAUAGUGGACCGAAUUGAUUCCCAAAAUUGUAUUAGACCUCAGGAGGAAUACCCUCCCAUCCAGGUGAUCAUGCUAGCCCCAAUGUCCUUUUGAGUUUACUGAAAGACUUUUGGGCUCCCAGUGAGGUGGCUUCCUCUGAUAGAAGAGGUGUUCUUAAUUAUUUUAGAAAGGACUUAGUCUGGGUUGGUGUGGAUUUAUAAUCCGAGGUAUACAGUUCUUUAUAGAAGUGGGAAAAUAUUUGAUUCAUUUGGGUUCUGAUGGUAAUUCCCGUGUUUCAGAUUCAAUGGUCGCUAUGUCAGCUAAUUGAUCAUUAGUCCAUAGCUUGUUGGCCAGUAAACGACUGGGGCGAAUACCAUGAAAAUAAUGGUUGAGUCUAACUCGAUGGAUGGCAAAUUCUGCUCUCUGUCUUAUCAGUAAAUUAAGUUAUGUCUUGACAUUGGAAAGAGUAAUAGCUACCUGGUCUGAAAAUAGUGUUUGUUGAGAACUCACUAACGCAGUUAACAUUUCCAAUUUUGAUAUCUUAUUUAAUUAUAGACAUGCGAGACAAGUACAAUGAGACCAAGUCUCUCCAGCAUAUACUCUCUGGUUACAACCUCAUUGAUGCCUGGCGAGCAAAUAAUCCUAAAGCAGAGGAGUACACUUUCCACUCAAACAGGCAUAAUACGUUCUUCUGUCCCGAUAACAACAUGGAAAUCAGUUAAUUCUAACAAUAUGUUCAGAGAAUCAAAAAACCUAGGAUCAUAUGAAUUUGGAGGAUACACAUUAAGGCAUUUUUCUUUCCAUUAUGGAUACAUUUAAGGAAAGUGAUUCUGCCUUCUUGGUCUUCGCCUUUACCCAAUAUUAUAAUUACACCUUUUAGUUUUGUUUGGGGCUGAUGAAAAAGCAGCCAUUUUUUACAAAUUCUCUUUUCUAUGUGUGUCCUUUUUGAGCAGAUGUGUUUCUUUGAACUUUGCUAUAUUAAUAUGGUUUCUUGCUAGGAUAUCAAGACAGCAGGAACGUUUAAUAGAAGUAUUAAGGCCCUUCAAAUUCCAAGAGAGAACAGCUAGUGUGGACAUUGAAGAAGAAAACAAAAAGAAAUCAUAAUGUAUUAUUAAUGGUUGUAAUUUGUUUAAAUUAUUUAAUUUUUUGGUUUCUUUCCUUUCUUUCCUUGUCUUUUUAUUUAAUUUGUUCAAUCGUGGGCAUGUAAUACCAUUGACAGCCGUUACAAAUAGCCAUCCCACAUUAGGGAAGUGGGAGCUAAAGAUUCAUGGUCCCCCAGACUAACCGCCACACCUCCCCCUGAACACCCCACUACCUCGGUGUGGUGGACACAUUGUCAUAUAACUGGCUAUCAGGAGCACAUUUCAUUUGUCUAUGAAAUCAGGUCCAUCCCUCUUGAUGUGUUAUUUGGUCCAACUUCUCAGUAAAAUCUUGACCUCCCACUUUCUUUUGCAAUAAAUCCUCCCAGUGUAUAAUAUUGUUUGACAGUUAUUUUGAAAGAAUCUAAUACUAAGAUAUCGGUUUUGAGUUAAAAAAAUGACAACCUUCCCCAGCAGAAUCAAGAGAUUCUUUAUCGUGUUGCAUCUCUCCCUUAAGUCUCUCCCGUAAGUCACAAUUUAACUCUUUGUGGAGAUAUAACACAAUAGUAUAAAACAGGGAGUAAACACUUGUACUUUUGCCCAAAAGUUGGAAACUAUGGCCCAAUGCCAGAAAAUAUGUAACAAAUCCUCCACUUCCACACCAAAAAAUUUGCGCAAAUGGGAUUGUUCAAUGCCCCAUAUUUGAAACAUCUUGUAGCCAGAAAUGUGUACAAGAUCUUCAACUGAAACAUUCGGAUUGUGAAGAUUGUUUUGAGUUACAGUUCAUAUAAGGAAAUCAGCCAAUUGAAAUAAAUUCAUUAGGCAGUAAUCUAUGGAUUUCACAUGACUGGGAAUACAGAUAUACAUCUGAGCACUGAUACCUUAAAAAAUAAAUAAAGUAGGGGCAUGGAUCAGAAAACCAGUCUGUAUCUGGUGUGACCAGAGCGCGACACAUCUCCUUCGCAUAGAGUUGAUCAGGCUGUUGAUUGUGGCCUGUGGAAUGUUGUCCCACUCCUCUUCAAUGGCUGUGUGAAGUUGCUGGAUAUUGGUGGGAACUGGAACACACUGUACUCAGUGGGUGACAUGUAUGGUGAGUAUGCAGGCCAGGGAAGAACUGGGACAUUUUCAGUGUCCAGGAAUUGUGUACAGAUCCUUGCGACAUGUGGCUGUGCAUUACCAUGCUGAAACAUAAGGUGAUGGCGGCUCAUGAAUGGCAUGAAAAUGGGCCUCAGGAUCUCAUCACGUUAUUUCUGUGCAUUCAAAUAGCUUUUGAUAAAAUGCAGUUUGUUGUCCGUAGCUUAUGCCUGCCCCUACAUAACCCCACCGCAAACAUGGGGCACUCUGUUCAUAAUGUUGACAUCAGCAUAUUGCUUACCCACACAACGCUAUACACGUGGUUUGCGGUUGUGAGGCCAGUUGGACGCACUGACAAAUUCUCUAAAAUGACGUAGGUGGCUUAUGAUCGAGAAAUGAACAUCACAUUUUCUUUGCAACAGCUCUGGUGGGACAUUCUGCAGUCAGCCAAUUGCAUGCUCCCUCAAAACUUGAGACAUCUGUGGCAUUGUGUUUGACCAAACUGCACAUUUUAGUCGCCUUUUAUUGUCCCCAGCACAAUGUGCACCUGUGUAAUCAUCAUGCUGUUUAAUCAACUUCUUGAUAUGCCACACCUGUCAGGUGGAUAGAUUCUCUUGGCAAAAGAGAAAUGCUCACUAAAAGGGAUGUAACACAUUUGUGCACAACAUUUGCAAGAAAUAAGCUUUUGGUGCGUAUGGAACAUUUUCUAUGAUCUUUUAUUUCAGCUCAUGAAACAUGGGACCAACACUUUACAUCUUGCGUGUAAUUUUGUUCAGUGAAUGGGAGUAUCAAACUGCUCUUCCCAGAAAGUGGAAUGGAAUGGCAACCAAUUUGUUGUUUUCCAAAUGAAAAUUAUACCUCUUUUAUACAUUUUAACUCUACUUAACCGUCAGUAGCUGUGUUUUCAUCCAAUUGGUGACAGAUUUUCAUGCAAUUAUUCAAAAAUAUGCAUUAAGAGAAUAUGAGCAUUUUCCCACAAGUGGUGUGUCCACAAAACAGAUUUGUUACAGAUAUAAAAUCAGUGUGUGAUGUUUUAUGCACAGAAAAUAUACUUUUUCACAUAAGUUUUUAUGUACAGAAUAAAACUCCAGUAGCAGUGCGUGGGUAAAAUCACUGGGGAAGCCAGACCCGCCAAACCUUAACACCCACCCGCUUAACCCGGAAGCCAGCUGCACCAAUGUGUAGGAGGAAUCACCGUUCAACUGAUGACCGAAGUCAGCCUGUAGGCACCCUGCCCACCAUAAGGAGUCGCUAGAAAACGAUGAGCAAAGUAAAGCUCUCACCGCCUAACCCGGACGACGCUGGGCCAAUUAUGCACCGCCCUAUGGGACACCCGGUCACGGCCGGUUGUGACACAGGCUGGGAUCGAACCCGGGUCUGUAUGGAUGCAGGUCCUUAGACUGCUGCGCCACUCGGGAGGCCCAAUCACUCACAAUUUAGUCCAAUCACUGUAAACUAAAUAUAAUUUGGCUGUCCAUGGUUCUGAUUUAUGUAUGUGUGUGUGUGCACGUUCAUACAAGUAGAAGAAUAUGUUGACUCUCCCUAUUUGUUGAGAAACGCCAAUGCCAUUCUCCUCUCGUUAUUGUUGACAAUGGUCUAUCACUCUGUCAUACAGUAAACACUACUUUUUUGUUGUCCUAGGCUACCUGGCUAAAAUGCUUGCUCGCUAGCCUAACUUCCAUUCUUGGGCAACGUUAGCUAGUUAACAUUAGCCUUCUACAUCUAGCUACAUAUUGAACUUCCAUCCUCUCGGGCCAAGGGCACAACAAUGAUUGAAUUAAUGGUUGGAUCAGAAUCACCAUUAUAAUCAUUGGCCAUUACCGAGAAUUAAAUCCACAAAUCCAAAUCUCGAUGUCCAUCAUGGCUAAUGUAGGAAAGGGCCAACUUUAGCUAGCUUACUCUACAGUUUUGUCACACAAACUGUUGCAUUAAAUAGCAAAUGUGCCUACUCUGGUCUUGGCACGUGCGAUCUAGCCAACAACUAUCAAAUACCGUGUGGGUAGGCUAGUCUACAUGAUGAGAUUAUUAUGGAUUAGAAUAUGUUUGUCAAACGGCAGUCAAGCAUCGAUCAUCAUGUUACCAGAAUCGGCACUUUCACCACCCUGUGAAGUUCAUCAUAAAUAAUUUAUUCUGUAGUUUAAUAAACUGUGUGGUUUCCCGAGUCAUUGAGGGAGGACCACACACACCAUAUCAUCAUGUGACUCCAAAUAUACUUCGAUAUGAUGGUUGUUCUAUAAAUAUUUGAGCAUAAGGGCGUUUCCACUGCCAUUUCCCUCAUAAUACAUUUUACAGACACAGAAAGAUCCCACCAUGUCAAACAAACAAAUUAUCUGUCAGCAUUUAUAAAAUGGUACCGAAACUUCCUGUUUCCAUCACAGUUGUCAGGAUUUUUGAUUUAUACGCUAUGACUUUACUCCCAUAAAAACUGGAUGGAAACAUGGUUCGUGAGAUUUAAUGAGGUCUACAAACAGGUUCUCUUCUCUUUUAACCCUUGUUGUUUUUAAAGAUCGUCUCACUAUACCAAACUCCAUGUCUUUUAUGUAUAAUAUGUCAGUUUCUGAUAUAUUAGUCUUUCUUAGUCUUCAUUUUGUCGUUUGUACUUUUUACAUCGAAUAUAGACCCAUGUAUUAAUUUAUCCAAAAUCAAAUAGUCCAAAGAAACUUGCUGGUGUGGCAAUUAUGGUUUUAUGCUUUUAAUUCAUGCACUGAUUUUUCUUGUAGGGUAAAUUUUUUUGGCAUGGUUGAUCCAUCCCCGCACUUGAGUUUUGUCAGUCCUCCAUUCAGUGACACACUCCACUUUCUCAUUUAGGAGUUGUUUGUGAAAUCUAUUGUUGCCUUUGUGAAGCCUUGCACAAAUAAGUUGGAAUCCAACUGGCUAGCUAGACCAGUACUAUAUUGGAAGUGAGUGUCACACAUACCUAGGUACACAUGUUGUUAACAUGUCUAUUCAGUAUAGAUGGUUGACUUAACUUUCCUCUGUCCAUAGCAUCUGAGUUCUUUUUUUACCUCCAGAACUCAAGGACAUACAGUUAAGGCUAAGAUUUUGUCCGACAUGAUGAAUAUAAUGAAAUAAUAAGUGUAGGAUAUAGAUAAUGCCACUGAAAUUGAUUUCAUUUUUAAGUGGUAUUUUUUUUUGACAACCAUAGUCGAGGGAUUUAACCUGUAGAUCUUACAUAAGAAUUUCCAACAGUAAAUUCUCCUGGACAUGCAGUCGUUGAUUUGGUGAGCUCCAAUACUAUACACUUGCCUCGUACACUUUGUUGGUAAGAUGAGAAUUUAUAACAAAGAUAUGCAUGCAAUCAAUAUGAGAGGACUGAUCUAUUCUAUCGUGUAAGCCAGAGUGUUUAUUCUAAAACGGAACCGUUUCAGGGGGUCAGAAGUUGCUCGUAGGCAGUUGACCUCAGAUCAGUGUCUAGGGGCAACUUCAGCCUCCUUUCAAGGGGUGGCAGCAUGCGAAUACAAUAACUGUUUGACGUCAGUAGAGGGAGCAAGUGUUGCAGAAAUGAGGCGUACAGUUUGAUAACGCCAUACCUCUUUUUAUAAACUAGCAUUUCAAGGGUUUUGAUACACACAACUCAAAUACUGUUUGUUAUAAAGAACUGAAUUCAGAUGACAAAAAAAUAUAUAUUUUGCCGCUAACUAAUGGCUUCGCAGAAACGCAGGUCUUGUUUUUAUCCGGUGGGUAUAACAAGAUGCUAAUGUUCACUGCAAGUACAAGAUGGCUAACAAAUACUCUUUCCUUCUCCUUCAGAAAUUUAGACUAUUCUCAAUUCUAAUUGAGCAUCAAUGUUGUUUGUCUUAUUUUAUGGAAACAUGUCAUAUUGUUUGUACUUUUUAUACUCUGCUAGACUACAAUUUUUUUUAUUUUAACUUAUUUUAAUUCCACCAUAUUUGUCUUAUCAGUAGGCCUAAUUUAUACUUUUGUAGUGACUAUUUUGAUAUACUGCUGAUGAUAGGAUACAGUGUUUUGUUUCAGAAUGUCAGAAGUGACUGCACUGUAGAAUGUUCUGAAAUACGUUACCCACUGUAGUAUGUGCUGUGUGAAUAAACUGGCUGAAAUGAGCAUUA